UUUCUUCAGUUAUACCAAUAGAAGUUUACAAAAACAUUUGUUUAGGUUAAGUUUGUAAAACACAACAAAAAUUAAAAAUAUAUAAAUGUGUAAGUUUAUUCUUGAUAUUUCCAAAUAACAUAUUCGGUUUUUAAUACCUUCAAUGUUAAUUGAAAUUUGUGGAUGGAAUGAAUAAUUGUUUUAAGGAAACAUGAGUAAUCAAGAGACGCAUACAUCUCCUUUGGACAACCUUUACGAUGAUUUCGAAGACUUCGAUUUAGGACAAACAGUUGAAAGGUUGAAAAAGGAAAUCAAAAUGUUGAGAGAUUGUAUAAAAGAGCAAAACAGAGAUAUCGCCAAACUUGCUGAAACAAUCCUUGAACUAAAAACAACUAAUGAAACAUUAUCGAAUAAUAUCAGUUCUUUAUAUUCUACAGCAAAAUCUGAAAUAGAUAGAAAGGAUAGAUUGAUAGCUGAAUUAAGAAGGGAAAAAGAUAAUAUAACUUUCAGGAGACAAAAUCGUUUCCAUAGCAACAAUACGCCUACUACUGGAUAUAAUUUGGAGAUUAACAACAGUCAAAUUUCCGAUCGUCAGAAUAACGUUUCUGAUCAUUUCAAAGAGCAAGCUAUGGAUAAUUCUACAAAUUACAACAGGAACAAAGAUUUGUGUAAAUUACAUCUACAGAGAUAUACACAAGAAAAAAACAAUAGGAAUCAUCAAUAUAUGGAACUUCCGAUCCCGAAAUUUAUAAAUGAAAGUAAAGUUGAAUCAGAACAUCAAGAUAGUAAACAUUUUGAAAAUCCAAAAUUAUAUAGAAACGAUAUGGGUUAUUGGGACGAAAGAAGUAAUAAUAAAGGAACAACUAGGGGAAAUGAGGAAAUUGCUGACAGAAGAAGCGAUAAAAGUGCUGAUAGAAGGAGUGAUAAAAGUAGUGACAGAAGGAGUGAUAAAAGUGCCAACAGAAGGAGAGGUAGGAGUAGUGACAGAAGGAGAAAUAAAAGUAUGGAUAUAAGACGAGAUAGGAGUACUGGCAGAAGAAGAGAUAAAAGUAACUAUAGACAUAAAAAGGAAUAUGGUAGAUAUGAGGAUAGUGAUAAAACUGAUUAUGCAAAUGACACAUUCUGUAGAAGGAGAUACGAUCCCACAAAGGACAAAUAUUAUGAGAGAAGCAGAUCUAGAAACCGACAUUCUCACCAACAUAACCCAGAACAUAAUUUGGAAGAUUUAAAACCAUACAAAUCCUCUCAAGGUAAGAAAAGCCUUAACGUUGUAGAUAAAGUGGAAAGGGAGAUUACAGAUUUGACUAAAAGUGAAGCUUUUGAUCAAUUGCUUAAACUACCAAUAAAACAGUGGAAAGAAGAUAAUAAUGAUGAUGUUAAAGGAAAACUAAGCAAAAAUGAAGAAAUAGUAGAAAAUAAAACUAACAGUACUGAUAAUAAACGUGUAAUAAACAAUUUUUUUGCAACAAAAGUGAAUAAUAUUUUAGAUGAUGUCAUGGAUAAUAUAAAAAGUAAAAAUGUAAUAACUGUGAUGACCAACAAAAAGGAAGAUGUUAUACAAAAAUCCCCACCAUCUGUAAACGAUGUUGUUACAAAAGAAAACGUGAUUGAAAUUGAUGAAGAGGAAAAUAAACUGGAUGAAGAUGAAGAUUUGAACCACAUGGAAAGCAUUCAUAGAGAAAUGCUGAAAUUUAUAGAAGCGACAAAAAACAAAAGUGAAGGGAGAUUGAAAGUAGAAGACGUUUUCAGUACGGAUUCUAGUGACAAAAGUAUUAAAGAAAAAAACAGUUCUCAAGAAUUUACAGACACAGACAAAAAUUUAUCUGCAAAUAUUAACGAUGGUAUUGAAGAAAUAAAUAAAUUCGAAGAACCAUCAAUUUUCCAGUAUGUUUUUGGAGAAGAUCCGGAUUCAAAGGAAUUUCAACAAUUAGUACAAAAUACAAUAGACGAAAGUGAUAAUACUCAUAAAAAAUCAAAAAAUAUAUCGACUAUAAACAAAAAAAAAUUUACAAAAAUGAAAGAUAACAGGGAGGAAAAAGAUGAACAGAAAAAAAAUAUAAGGGAAAUUAAAGCCCUAUCUGGUCCAGAAUUGAAAGUCGGUAGUUGUGAUAAAAAUACAAAUUUAAUUUUUGUAGAAAAUAUACAAAAAAAUUCAAAAGAAGCAAUAAAUGAAGAUAAAAUUAUUUCAGUUGAUAAUGCAGAUAAAAAGAAUAAUAAAAUUGAUGAUUUGGUAUCAAAUAUUGUACAAAAACCUUCUCUAAUCGAAAAGGAUAAACUUAAGGACAAAUUGAAAACACCUGAAGCUGUAGAAUCGAUAAUUGAUGCAAGUUCAAAUUCAAUUUUUGUCAAAGACUCACAACAAACAUCUAAAGCAGUUAAUAGUGAUAAAAUUAUUUCAGAAAUUGAUAAAAUCGAUAAUUUCCAUUUGAAUAUUGAGACUAAACCUCCUCCAAAUCAACAUAAUGAUGAAGAAUUUAACAAUAACAAUGAUAAAAUUAAAAAACAAGUAGGAACAAAGUCGUUUACAAUGAAAGACAAUCAGAAACUAUCUGAUGAUAAAAAAAUUAUCAUUGUAAGUGAUGUUGUCAUUGUACCUAGUCCGCCGAAGCCAAAAAUGACAAGUAUCAACCAUAUGCCAGAUAUAAAUGGAGUAAAUCAACCACAAAUUAAAGAAAUAAAAAAUGUACCAAAGUCUGUAUCGAAGAAAGAACGAUUAUUAGAAAAAUUUGCUUCAGAAGAAAGUAACAAUAAAUGUGAUAUUGAUACAAAAAAUGAUGGUACUGAAAGUUUGAAAAGAAAAUUUAGUGGAGACUUGAACCCACCAAAAAAAAGAAAAAUUUAUUUGGAUACUAUAGAAGAUGAAGAUAAAGAAACAAAUAAUAGAAUCAGUAAACGAUCCUCUACUGGUUCCAAAUAUAAACCAAAACCUACCAGACGAUCAGAAAGGAUUAAUACCAAAAACAAAAUUGAAACCAAUACUACAAAUAUUAACACAGAGGAAGAAAAUAACCAGAAAAAUAAUUUUGAUAACGAAAAUAAAGAAAUUGACAAUCAUAGUUUGGUGAAAAAAACUGUCGAUUUAUUAAAUACACAUACAAGUGAAAAAUUAUCUUCUUCUGAAGAAAAAAGUUUUUCUUUUGAUACCCAAUUGUCUAAAGUUACUGAUGGAGUGGAAGUAGUUAAACCGCCAAGAAGGAUCAAACCCACCCCCGUUAAGGACGAUCCUAUUUGUUCUUUUAAGAAUAUUUUAGCUAAAAAUAAUAAUACAGUGAAACUUUUUUCCAAAACCGUCGCAAUGGAAACUAAUUUAACCGAAGACAAUGACAUACCGAUUCUUCAUUUAGAAGAAAUAAAUCUUAACAACAUGGAAGACAUAACUCAGAAAACGUUCGAUAGCAGCAUAAAGAAAUUGUUGGAUUAUGUGAAUUCUGAUACGGGGGCGAAAGAGGAUGUUUCGUUUGUUGAUGCUAUAAAUAGAGUGGAUGUUACUACAAGUGGGGAUGUCGCAAAGACCCCCACAAAGGAAAGUUUAUCGAAUGUGAUUACUUCCACUCCUAAAGUGACUACUGAUACUACAAUGAUGUUUAAGAAAGAUAUCGGUAACAUUGAUAUGUCUAUUGUUGAAAGUGACGUACAAAAUAAUCGAGGUUCUAAAGAGACUCAAGGUACAGAAAAGAAUAUCAUUAAAACAAAAAGUGAUGACGACCAAAUUGAUAAAUCUACAAAUGCAAUUGCUCCAGCGAGGUUUAGGAGGAGGUGUAGGAUAGUAGCUGUUGUAAAAAGAUUUUGAGUAUGUCCGAAAUUGAAAACUAGUACGAGGGUCUACAUUUUAACAUAUUUUCAUGAUUCCCACACAUUUCUUGAAGACCCCAAUCGAGGGAAUUCACCAAUUUCUUUUGUAUCAAUUGAUUGUUAUUAUUUCCAUCACUAAAAAUUAUUUAUAAUCAUUUUUUUUAUAAAUAUAACAGAUUUAGUCGUAUGAACAAAUUUGUUCAUACCAAGACAAAUAUUUACAGUCUUAGAUCCGGCUGCCGAAUUAGUGAACUCAUCGGUUUUUUAUUAAAACCCAAAUUUUUAUAAUUAGAAGAAUAUAGAAUCACCAAGUUGCCUAUCAAAGUUUGGUCGCUAGUAUUAUUAAUUUAUUUUUGGGAAAAAUUUCCGUUCUAUUGUUUUUUAAAUAAAAUUUCGUCUAUAUCACGGCAAUUUAUAUAAAGUUAUAAAAAAUCGCGGUUACAGUUGCGCACCUGGCCUCACCUCUUCGCAGCCAGGUGUAAACAGUAUGAUUAUUCGAAAAAAAAAACGUUUAUGCGAUUUCGAAUUUCCAUUACCACUCAAAAGUUACAGUUUGUUACGUAAAAUUCGGUAAAAAUAUAAAAAAAUUCAAAAUUAUCGACUUUAGUUCACGCGUGUAGCUUAAAAGAAAAGAUAAAAUUGUUUAAUAGUUAUUUAUGCAACAAGUGAGUAAAGUAAUACUUUUUUUCGGUAAUUAUUUAGUUUAGGUUGCAUAAGCCCGAUUUCAUUGAAAUUUUAAUAUGUAAUACAGUUUUUUAUGCUGAAAUGCCACCUAAAUUAAGGGCGGUUUCUUAUUGGGAAAAUAGCAAGGAAACACCAAAGUGGACUAACUUUAAUAUAUUUUCCGAGCUUUCGAAUACUUACGUAUUCAUCGUCUGGGAAAUAGUUAAUUAAGAUUCUUGAUAUUAUCAAAACUUAUAUAGAAAUAUUGAUUCUAUCAACGUCAAUUUGAAUAUUGAAUUUUGAAUUCUAUGAUUUAAAAAAUUUUUACAAGCUUUAAUAAUAUCAAAAAUCUUAAUUAACUAUUUCCCAGUCGAUGAAUACAUAAGUAUUCGAAAGCUCGGAAAAUAUAUUAAAGUUAGUCCACUAUGGCGUUUCGUUGCCACGUUCCCAAUAAGAAAUCGCUUAUAUGUUGGGCGCGGAAAACAUUCCUUCACGUAGUUUUUAAGGUUUGAACAUUGGAAAAUGUACGCUAUCUUGAAUAGUUGAUAUUUUGCAAAUACUUGAUGUUGGAGAGGUUUAGGGGCGGGGGGAGGGGUUUGUUGGACAUUUAGAUUAUUUUUUAACAUUCUGAAGGUGUCGCCUUAUUGAUCUAUCAGAGAUAUUUACAUUUCGGACUUCUCGCAAAAGGCUGUUGAGCUCGACACUUGGUAGAAUUCUUUUCACGCCCUGAACCAUCCCUAGGUCGCAUUCUCGCGGUUCCAAUUAUAAAUAUCCAUAAAAAAUUGGGUUUUAAUAAAAAACCAAUGAAUACACUGUAAAACUAUAUCCGAUCUGUUGUAAACAAACAAAUCCUAAAAAAUGAGUAUUUGAAACGUGUUUAAUACAGAUGGAUAUUUAUUACUAACCUUGUAAUAUUUACACCAAAGAAAUGGUCAAAACAUAGCAAUCGAGUGUUUGUUUUCUUGAACAAUUUCAGUAUAUUGUAAUGUGUAAUAUAUAUUCCAAAUACUUGUUUUUUAGUUUCAAAUAACGUUCAACAGUUUUCUGAUCCUACUUGUUAAUUGGUUUUCAAUGAAAAAAAAAUUAGUUAAAAAAUAUAUUUCUCACAAAUCACCAUUUGUGCCUUAAAUUUGAAUAAUUGUUAAUCGUAUCUAAAAAUUUGAUGUAUUAUAUGUUGAAAUAACAUAAUUAUACCAAGUUGCAACCCCUUAGGAUUAUAGGACCUAAAAAAAUGCAACCCUUUAACUUGAAAAUACCCAAUUUGGUUCAUUGCAUGAAACUAAUAAUUUUUAUAAUACAUAGAUUCAAAAAAGUACAAAAUUUUUGAUAAGAAAAACCCCACGAUAAAUAUUUGAAACAUUUUCUCAUAACAUGAAUAGUUUUUGGGUUAUUGUUUAUUUCAAGAUUACGGAAAUGCAGUGUUCAAUUUAAUCAAUUAUUUUUUCUAAAAUAAGCAUUCAACACCGGUCAAAUCACAUGGAUCAUAUCAAUAAUAUAUAAAUUGCAAGUGAAUUACGAUUAAUUUCAAUUAGGGUGGUAAUUUCCAACAAGAAAAAAAAGAAACCUCAUUUUUGUUAUAAAUCAGUCGUCCUCAUGCAAAAGACUUUUGAAAGUUCUCAUUUUAAAGGUUUUUCUAAGUGCUUUGAAAAAGAUCUUUCGAGUUUUUUCCAAAAAUUUCAUCAAUUUCAAGUUAUUUGAGGUUAAAGGUUUUCAAUAUCGGGAUUCCACAAAAAUAGCCAUCCUUCAACGAGCAAUAACUCGGUUAUUUUUGAAUUUACAGUCAAAAAACGAAUAUCUUUGUUUUUUGAUUAGCUAAUUUUGUUGAUAGAAAGAAAACUUAUUCAAGAAAAACUGUAGAAAAAUAUGCGUUUUUCAAUGUUCAUCUCCAAAAAGGAGUGGCAUUCACCCCCAAGGCAAAAGCACCCUCCGGCACAGGGUAGAUUUAAAAAGUUAUAAUUACUACCUUCAAACCAAUUUUCAAGAAAAUCGAUAUUGGUUAUUAAAAUUCCACGGGAAAUCUGCUGGUACCUGGUCUAUAAGGACAAUAAGUAAUGUUAAGUAGAAAGCGAUCGAAUUUUGGAAGGUUAAUUAGAGGUUACCUAACCUUGAAAUUUCACAAAAUUGUUUUAUCUGUCAGUUGAUUUAAAAAAUUUCAUGUUCAUUCCAUGGAUAAUUUGGUUCUAAAACUUUUUUCACUCGUGUAAUUUUUCAUAAAAGUUUGUCAUUUUCAAGGAAAAGUCACAUAAAUAAAUAAUAUAUUCAUAGCAUCCUUUUUAACCCUCAUCUGGUAUCGUGGUUAGUGUGUGUUUAAACACCCCGUUUUAAAACAAUAAUUUCAAUCAAAAGUUUAGAAAAUGUUUGUAUUAUUUUCAUUUCCCUUUGUUCAAACAGUAUUAAAAAUAGCAGUUUACAAGAAAAAAUUGAACAUAAGUCUUAAAUUUAAAAAUAAAUUUAAACAGUAACCACCAUGGAAAAUUUGACUCAAAAAAAUUUAGCAAUUAUCAAUUAUCCAAAAACUAAAUAACAGAAUAUCCAAUUUAAUACCGUAACUUUAUGAUUGAUAACAAAAAAAUACUUAUUAAUAAAUAAAUAAAAAUUUGGCUCGGCUUUUUCAUUGUACAUUUACCUACUCUUCGUCGCAAUCCUGACAUACACGUGUCUUUCCUUCGAUGUUAGAUGCGUAAAAUCGAUUUUUCAAGGGGAAUUAACCCAAAUUUGCUCGAUUAAUUUGUUAUAAACAAUUCAAUUGUUUAAAAAGCUAUAACUCUUGAACAAAGACAUAUAUGAAAAAAAGUUUCAGAUAAAAAAGAUUUGUUUUAAAAAGUUCUACAAAAAAAGUCUGUAGAGUUUUUUGCAAACAAUCAAUAUUUAAAAAGUUAUCGUCAAUAUAAUACAAAAUGUAACGUUUUUUCUCACUUUAUCGGUCAUUAUUUUGUUCCUACAUGACGUAGAAAGAUUUAAAGCAGUUCAUUUCAAACGUAAAAGCUUAAGCUUCAAAAUGAGAUGUGGUAGACUUUUUAAAUAUUAUCUGUUAAAAAAAAAGGUGAAUAUACAAAUUUUUAUGAAAAAAAGCGUAGUAAUUUAUUUUUAAGUGUUUUAAAAGUAUAUAAAUUUAAAAAAACGAGAUGCAUCUUAUAGCAGCUUAAAGUGCUAAUUAAUACGAACAUUUUGACCACUUCCAAUUAUGUUUUCCACCCUUAGUUGUAAAAUUAGGUAGAUUUUAAACUGCGCGAUCAGAAGCUAAACCGAUUACUUAUUUACAGUAACUUAAUUGAAAUUAAUUUAGUAUGGUCUCAAAAAUAUAUUAAAACGUAUUUUUUAUUUCAUUGUUUUAUUGCACCUUACAAAUAUCCAUUUUUCAAUUUAUAACAAUCUGCUACUAAGACAAAAUGGUUGUAUAAAAAAAUUAUUUUUUUUUCUAUUUGUUGUAAACUACUCCCUUAUAAAUUACUAGAAAAUCACCCCUAAUUACUCACCAUCACUUAUUGGGGUAUUUGGGUAUUUUCAAGUUAAAAGUUGCAAAGAAAUUGUUUUAAUGCCCUUUAGCUUCUCAGACAUGCAAUUGUUAUUGAGAUAAAUUACCCCCUAUCAUAUUUUAGGCUCCCUUAUAUGUCUCUAUUCUGUCAUUUCUUAGGUACAUCCUGUAUAUCAUUUGACUUCAAAAUAUUGCUGUUUUGGUACCAAAAUUGUUUCUUCAUAAACAGUUCGAUGUAUUUAAAGACUGUAAAACAACUUUUAUAAUAAAAAAUAUACUAUAUUAUAAAUAAUAGUAAUUGUAUACUGAAAAAAAUAUUUCUCACAUUUAAGUUGCUAAUUGGAUAUUAUGUUAUGAGACCAGUUACUACAUAUUUCAAUUUCCAAUUAUUCUACCCGUCUCGAUUAUUAUUUUCUUUACGUUUGUCUAUAAGUAGUUUCUCAAAAAAAAUAAUUUUUUGUACAAAUGCAUCAGUAUUAAGUAUGCAAAAACCAGUUUAAUUAAAAAUUUUGUUCAAUCAACAUUCUUCAUAUUAUGUAUUGAAAUAUAAUGAAUAGUUUGUUUAGUUUAGUUUGAGAUAAAUACAAUUUUCUAUCUAAUUUAUUCAAAAUCGUUUAUUUUGAAGAUUUGAAAUUGUUAAUUAAUAUUUCAUACUGUGCAACAUAGAACCAGUUGUGUUUUGUACUGCUCUGUAUAUUAUUACUUAGCUAUUUUUUCAGUUGAAAUUAUGUAUAUAGUUAUAGACGUUUUCAUUCAAAUUUACCUUAUAAAAUUAAGGUAAUUACUGUUAAUAGAAAUUUUAAUAAAUAUUUUGUUUUUUAAA